AUGCCUCUGCGUCGUAUACGACCAGGCCCAGAUCCACAUCCCUGGAACAGAGAAGGCCCCCAAUGUGCAAACUGCCAUAGCUACGUUUGGAGGCAGCCGCAAGUCCCGAUAUUCCAAUCCUCAGCACGAAGCCAGUGGGCGCAGCCGCAUAAAAACGCCUAUCUCUGUGACAAUUGCUACUGGGACCUGGACGGAGCCGUGGAGGGGAUUCCGUGCAUGAGGUCUCUACCAUGCCUAUGCGGAAGGCGUGACAGUCUAGCCAUUCUGCUCGCCAGCAAGCGGUUUUGGAACGAGGCUGCACCGGUCUUCUGGAAGGAGAACUGGUUCGCCUUCGAGGAUCCCUCUCUCCUAACGGGAUUCUUGACUGCUAUUCGUCCCCAAGUGAGAACGUGGCUAAGACGGAUAUCGUUCAUCCCUAUUCAUGCUUACCACCAUGAUGAACACCCCAGUACAUUUCCGCAGUGGCGGGAUCCGAUUUGGAAUGGAUGGGAUGAUAUUAAGAGCUGCUGGAAUUUACUGAGACUGUGCGAGGGACUAACAGAGCUGGAGCUUGAUGUGGUGUCUUUGACGCGCAAGGAAUGGGCUCAGGCUAUUCGACUAAUUUGUGUCAAGAAGCGAGUCGCGUUCUUCUGCCAGUUGGACACAGAGAACAUUGCAUAUAUGUCUGGAGAACCAACGAACUUUGUAUGGGAGUCGCAUGCUCGGAGGAAACGAUUCGACUCGCCCACAACUGCUUUGCUUGCUUCUAGCAUGACUGGCGACAGAGCUAUUAAAAGGAAAGCUCUGAUAACUCAUUACUCUAAGAAUACCCUACAUCAAAGAUGUGGUGAUUAUGGGGUCGAGUUCACUGAGAAGAUGAUCGAGGGUCGAAGAUGGAAUUCAUGA